GGGUGGGGCUCGCUCUCCCCGCCUCCAGCCUCCGUCCGGGGAGCGGGUGGUGCCCCUGCUGAGGCUGCAAGCCCUAGCGGGGAGCGGCAGGUUUUGCUGUGCCAACACUGUGGCCGGAGGCUCUGCGCGCCUUUGGCCUGAUCCAACCCAAAGAUGACCUCGCUGGCCACUGUGGCAUCUGGCCCCCGCACCCGGCUCUUUGCCUGCUUCCUCAGGCUGGGCACUCAACAGGUCAGUCCACUCCAGCUGCACACAGGGACCAACCUCGCAGCCAAGAACCACUAUGAAGUGCUAGUGCUGGGCGGGGGCAGUGGUGGGAUCACCAUGGCCGCCCGCAUGAAGAGGAGAGUGGGUGCAGAGAAUGUGGCCAUCGUUGAGCCCAGUGAGAGACAUUUCUACCAGCCCAUCUGGACCCUGGUGGGUGCCGGUAUCAAGCAGUUAUCCUCAUCUGGCCGACCCACAGCGAGUGUGAUUCCAUCUGGUGUAGAAUGGAUCAAAGCUAGAGUGGUUGAUCUGAACCCAGACAAGAACUGCAUCCACACAGACAAUGGCAAGGAGAUCUCCUACAGAUACCUUAUCAUUGCCCUUGGAAUCCAGCUGGACUAUGAGAAGAUCAAAGGCCUCCCUGAGGGUUUUGACCAUCCCAAAAUAGGGUCCAAUUACUCAUUUAGGACAGUAGAGAAGACAUGGAAAGCGCUGCAGGACUUCAAGGAGGGUAAUGCAAUCUUUACCUUCCCCAAUACUCCAGUAAAGUGUGCCGGAGCCCCACAGAAGAUCAUGUAUUUAUCAGAAGCCUAUUUCAGGAAGACGGGGAGGAGAUCCAAGGCCAAUAUCAUUUUCAACACAUCCCUUGGAGCAAUUUUUGGGGUCAAGAAGUAUGCAGAUGCCCUGCAGGAGAUUAUCCGGGAGAGGAACCUCACUAUUAACUACAAGCAAAACCUCAUUGAAGUCCGAGCUGAUAAACAAGAGGCUGUUUUUGAGAAUCUGGACAAACCUGGAGAGACUCAAGUGAUUUCGUAUGAGAUGCUUCAUGUUACACCACCCAUGAGCCCACCAGAUGUCCUCAAGACGAGUCCUGUGGCUGAUGCUGCUGGCUGGGUGGACGUGGAUAAAGACACUCUGCAGCACAAGCGGUACCCAAAUGUGUUUGGGAUUGGGGACUGCACCAACCUGCCAACAUCCAAGACUGCUGCUGCUGUAGCUGCCCAGUCAGGAGUCCUUGACAGAACAAUUUCUCUGAUUAUGAAGAAUCAGACACCAACGAAGAAGUAUGAUGGCUACACGUCGUGUCCACUGGUGACUGGUUACAAUCGCGUGAUUCUUGCGGAGUUUGACUACAACGCUAAGCCCCUGGAAACCUUCCCCUUUGACCAGAGCAAAGAGAGACUUUCCAUGUACCUCAUGAAGGCUAACAUGAUGCCGUUCUUAUAUUGGAAUGGGAUGCUAAGGGGUUACUGGGGAGGACCAGCUUUUCUGCGGAAGUUGUUCCAUCUUGGUAUGAGCUAAGGAUGGCACGACUCUUGCUGUCCUCGGAUGACUUCUGGAUCCAAAAUCACAGCCACUGAUUGACCAAGAGCAGCAUGAAGAACUCAAAACCUAACGCUGUAAAGAAUUUACUUCUGGAUAAUGGUGACCAAAUGCCUGUCUUUUCAUUCCCUCUGGACAGCCACCUUGCGGGCUGCCCAGGAUGCGUCUGAUUCUUUGGAAACAUUUAAAUGAAAGAAUAGACUUCAAAAUUUUUAAAUAAAAGCUUGCCAUUGAUUGAGAUCCUA